AUGAAGAAGCAAAACGUCCGGACCCUAUCGUUGAUCGUCUGCACGUUCACCUACCUCCUCGUUGGCGCUGCAAUAUUUGACGUCCUCGAGUCCGAGACGGAGAAACGGCGCAAGGAAGCGUUGGAUGCCAUUGAACGGAUGGUUAUACGCAAAUACAACAUAAGCGAGGACGACUUCAAGAUCAUGGAAACUGUCGUGCUGAAGACGGAGCCUCACAAGGCUGGCCAACAGUGGAAAUUCGCCGGUGCUUUCUACUACGCAACUACGGUCCUCACAACAAUUGGUUACGGGCACUCGACGCCGAACACGAUAAGCGGCAAGCUGUUCACGAUGUUCUACGCGAUAGUCGGUAUACCCCUGGGUCUCGUCAUGUUCCAAAGUAUAGGAGAACGAUUAAAUAAAUUCUCAUCCGUCGUUAUAAGAAAAGUCAAGCAACUACUCAAUUGCAAAGACGUACAGGCCUCGGAGAUAAAUUUAAUAUUCGUCGUGACAUUUUUAUCGAGUCUGACGAUAACAGGCGGUGCAGCAGCAUUUUCACGCUACGAGGGCUGGUCAUACUUUGACUCAGUCUACUACUGCUUUAUAACACUAACGACCAUUGGUUUUGGUGACAUGGUGGCACUCCAGAAGGACAAUGCACUCGAGACAAAGCCCGAGUACGUUGUCUUUGCACUGAUAUUCAUUCUUUUUGGUUUGGCCAUUGUUGCCGCAUCGUUGAAUCUACUGGUGCUUAGAUUCGUCACGAUGAAUACGGAGGAUGAGAGGAGAGACGAGGCGGAGGCACUUCAGGCGGCGCAGGGAGCAGUGAGACUCGAGGGUGACGUGAUAACGGCAAAUGGCUCGAUAUUAUCUGGCCAGAUGGGCAAUCAGGGUGAUACGAUAUCACUGUAUGACGAUGCAUCAGUAUGUAGUUGCAGGUGCAGUGGUUUUUACAGAAAAAGAAGGAGACCACGUUUUACAGUACGUCGUUCGCCCGGCAAAAUAUCACAUCUGCUGCCGAUGCAGCAGUUUCCGGCCUCUAGUUACAGGGAGGAUAUACGUCCACCACCCCUCACACCACUUCUACAACUGCCGACUAUAUAUCAACACAGAGCUAGCAUCUGA